AAGUUGAGUUGAGGAAGAAUUACAAUAAGUAUUCAUAAUGUUGGAAAUUUCUAUGGAAGAUUAUAUUAUUAUAACGGAACAGAAUCACCCUUAUUUCAACUAAGCAACACUUAGUACCUAAAAUAGAUCCACCCCAACGGUGGUAGCAGACGCUUAGUGUAAACACCGGCAGCCUACCACCCAAAGGCGACAGUUUUAAUGACCGCGUCGACAUGUCGUCGCCUCCUUCCUUCCCGAGCCCACUCAACCUUGGACAAUCGUUCGUUGCACACAUCCAAUCCACGCAGAACAGUAGCAACGAACGACACCGUCAGGUAAAGGUGGAUAGGUUAAUGCGGUUAGGCAUAAUCCUUCGCAAUGAAAGAAAUUUCCGACACACAUUGCGCGAAACUAAGCCUGUAAUUACGUAUACCACCAUUCGGUCAGCUUUGCACGUAUAAUUAAUUAGGCGUACUUAAAAGCCAAUUAAGAACCGUACCUUAACCAAGGUCCGGUGAAUAGAUGUGAAUAUACUAUCUUCCACUUCGGCUAACGGUAAGCAAGUCAGAUCAGCACUCAAGUGGACCUCUUCGAUACCUCAGGGCUUCUUUCCUAAUACGAUCGACCAAUUUCCAUACUGCCUUUUUUUCGCCCACGGCUACUAAAGACAGGCCUUAAUUGCGUGUAUUCAGAAAGCUUCUUUUUAUGAUGGUUGACUUCGAGCUGGCAUUGAACCGACACAAAAAAUAUAAUUGGAAUUGAAUUAACUUGAUUGACACCUUCUAGGUACUAUCACAAGCAACCCCGCGCCACCUAUGGGCAGGAAGUGCAGGUAGCUAUAAAAAAGGGGAACACUUGUUUUUGCUUUACUCAUUCAAUGUCAGACAUCAUAUUUUGCUGAUAAUGCAAAAUUCUAGGACGCGAAAGCCCGUAUUUGCGUCAUAGCGAGAAAAAAUUUUUAUGUCUAGAACAAAGGGUUAACUGUUCCAGUUUUAUAUGGUCAGCAGGCUACUCCCAAUUUCAUCCUAGAUCCUAGUCAAAACAAAGGAUUACAGGGCUGUUUGUUUUGAUUUCCACGUGUAAUAACAAAAAGAAAGGAAUAAAUCGAUGCCGUAAUAGCUAUGUUUUCGAAUAGGAUGAAUUUGGGAGCGUAAUACCCCGGACAGACAUUUGAUACGAGUGUGAUACACGUACAACGGUACUACUUACUGUCAAGAAAAUUCUAACAAGACUGAUGUUGAUACUGGCAACACUUCUGGUCACGCUCCGAUGACGGCCGGAGCGAACCGUCAAACAUCCGUCAGGGAGACUGUGACAGAAGAAGAACAACAGUAAAUGUGUUCUGCAUCGUCAUUGUUCACUCAGAAUUCUCAAGUGAAAAGGCGUUAAGAGCUAGUUAAAAUCCUAAUCUACCUAUCUAAUUGUUUGUUUCCCAAUUUAAUAUACAAAAACGCACACAAACAAUUUCGUUUGAAGCGUUCAGUACGGUUAAAAUUGUGAAAAAAUACCCAUGCAGACCGAUUUUUUCUAAAGCUACAUUGCAACAAAACCUACGUGCGUUGUAAUUUGCUAAACGAAAUCGAACAGGGGUUCACAAUUUCCUAACCACAAAUCACAACGGGAACAAUCUUUAGAAAAAAUCGACAGCAGUUAAACCCGUCGAUAUGGAGUCGAUUCCACAAAAAUCCCUCCCGGACAUGCACUGCGAGCUAACAUUGAAUCCCUCACACACGCUCGACGAAAACCGGUCAGACUGCGUACGGUGCGACCGCCGGAACGGCGAAGAUUCAAUGGUGCAGUGCGACACUUGUCAGACGUGGUGGCACUUCGCAUGCGCAGGCGUCACCGACUCGAUCAACGAUCGAUCGUGGUCCUGUCCAAAAUGUCAGGUAGACGACUUGGGCAGUAGCGUGUCUCAUUCUCGUCGCUCACGAACCUCCAACAGUUCGGUAAAAUCCGCGAGAGUGAAUUUGCAGCUUGAGAAGCUGGAAGAGCUCCAAGCAAUGAAAGAGAAGUUUAUCGAGGAAAAAUACAAGUUGCUCGAAUCUCAACUGGAGGGUGAAAACGAGAGCAUUCGGAGCAAACGCAGCCGAGUCAGCAAGCAAACCAGCCUCGAUAAGGUAGCGAAUUGGGUAAACAAAUGCGCAGAGCAGAAGGAUGAUGUCAACGUGCCUACAUCAACGAACACCGAAUCUCCAUUGCCGCCAGCCCAUUCCGGCCAGUCCGUGGCGAAUGCUCGCAUCGAUAGCGAACACGUUCCAGAUGAAGUGCAGCUUCCAGAUGGCGAAAAUCAACAAAGUCCCCUCAAACAUCCUUCGUUGCCCAAGCAGCGUUCCGCUCCACCAGCCACAUGUAUCAAACCCGCUGUUGAAUACACUAAAACGGGUCCGAAUCAGGGCGAUGAUCCAGCCAAACGUUCCGUUUUCAACAAGCUGACAGGGACAGUACCUUUGGCCCAAUCGACCCCUGGCUACCCCUCGUUUGCCCCUGCGACGCUGGUGCUACCAACAUCAUCAGUGCCUACAGUGGUGUCCAAACCAUCCGCCGUUCCGUCCAUUGCGCCAGUGUACUCGUUUGCAUCUGCGCACAAAGCCACUGUGACGGGAUCCGUGUCGGCUCCACCGCCUCCCUCGGUAGUCCUGGCACCGCCGUUGAUUCCUCAACCUGCCGUUCCAUCUCAUCAAUUUCGCCAUCAUCAGGAGAGCUUACCGUCGACUCUCAUCAGUGCACCCAUACCCCCGCCGAUGUUUCAAGCUGCGCCGACAUUUCCACCUGUCUCGGUACCGUACCACCUGCCAACGUAUCCGGUGGUUCCAUCGAUGCUUCAAGCGCCGCAUGCUUCUGCUCCUGCGCCAGCCCUUGGACCUGUGCCGGGAACCUCGCCAGCGAUCGCGUCUACAUCUGCAUCGUCCCUCGUGCCACCGUCCGUGCCGGCUGCGCAGCCUGCGUCUUUGGUCAGAGAAGUAUCAUUCCCUCAGCCACCAGGUGAGCCAGAUAUUUGCCCCCAAUUCAAUUUGCAACCAACCAGUAAUGACGAUAACAUUCAACAUCUAAUGAGGCAAUUUGGUAGCAUUGCAUUAUCGUCAGCGCAAUCGCCAUUCCUCAACACAAAUUUAGCCACUUUUGCCCCCUCCCCCUCGCAAUUAGCUGCCAGACAAGUCAUGCCUCGCGACUUACCUCCCUUUUCUGGCAAUCCAGCCGAUUGGCCAGUAUUCAUAAGCUGUUUUAUGAACACUACGUUGGCUUGUGGGUACUCCAGCGCCGAAAAUCUUUGCCGCCUUCAGCGAUGCCUGAAGGGCGCGGCGUACGAGGCCGUUCAAAGUAGACUACUUCUACCAGAAUCGGUACCUCACAUUAUGGAAACUCUCCAUAUGCUUUAUGGCCGUCCAGAGCUGCUGAUUUCAGCCCUCUUGGACAAAGUUCGCUCGGCAUCACCACCGAAAGUGGAGAAAUUUCAAACCAUUAUAGAUUUUGGGAUGUCUAUACAAAGUCUCUGCGAUCACCUUGAAGUUGCUGGACAAACCGCCCAUCUGUCAAAUCCCUCUCUUCUCGCGGAGCUCGUCGCAAAACUCCCACCACAUCUCCAAAUGGAAUGGGGUUCAUAUCUCCAGGGAUUUUCGGAGGUAAAUCUGAAAACGUUCGGCCUCUUCAUGUCCAGUGUAGUGAAAGCAGUGAGCAAAGUGACAGUGUACGCCAGCAGCAGUGGAAGGUCAGGAGCAUUCGGGAAGAACAGCUCGAACUCGAGAGGAAGUGUUAACACCCACCGUAGUGACCCGAUAUUCAGUUCCGAAUCCAAUCGUGACGAUACAAAGCAGUGUCCAGCCUGCAAGAACGUCGGACAUCGCGUCCAGGAUUGUGGGACCUUCAAAUCGUUUUCCGUGGACGGCCGAUGGAAAUGUGUUCAAUCAAACGGUUUGUGCCGAAACUGCUUGAGUUCGCAUGCUAGGAGAAGCUGUAGAAAAACCAGCAACUGCGGGACGAACGGUUGUGAAUUCCGCCAUCAUCCGCUUCUACAUUCGACGCGGAAUAGUGCAGAUACGCAGAUACAAGCAUUGGUGAAUACCGCAGAAAACCAUACGCAUCGACAGGGGAAACAAUCGCUACUCUUCAGAAUACUACCAGUCACCCUUCACGGGCCUAAAGGAUCGGUGGAGACCUUUGCGUUCCUCGACGAUGGAUCAUCUUUAACUCUAGUGGAAGACAGUCUGGUCAAAGAGCUGGGUGUCGAAGGUGUAACGAUGCCGUUGUGUUUGCUAUGGACAGCGAACGUAUCACGAACAGAGAAGGGGUCGAAGCAACUGUCACUUACAGUUUCAUCAACUGAUGGAAAAAAGCAUUCACUGCAGGAAGUACAAACCGUAAAGGAGCUGUCGUUGCCUAUACAGUCACUGUCAUACGACCAACUCUGCGAGCAGUUCGCACAUCUCAAAGGUCUCCCUGUUAAGAGCUACUCUAAGGCGAUUCCUAAGCUACUCAUUGGAGUCAACAACCUGGAUUUGAUGGUUCCAUUAAAAGUACGUGAAGGAUACAAACGCGAACCCAUCGCUGCCAAAACCAGACUAGGCUGGUGUAUCUAUGGCGGUAAAGCGAGCGACGGACAACAAUUAUCAGUAAACUACCAUACCUGUGGAUGUGCAUCGGACCAUGCUCUACACGACCUUGUCAAGGAUUUCUUCUCCACGGAGGACUGCGGUGUACAACCCGUCACUCCUCUCGUAUCUGCAGCAGACGAACGCGCCCUGCGAAUUCUUCAGGAUACUACGAUGCGGGUCGGCAAUCAUUUUGAGACAGGCCUGUUAUGGAAGUUUGACCAUAUAGAGCUUCCUGAUAGCUAUGGAAUGGCUCGUCGACGACUAGAGUGCCUGGAGAAACGUAUGCUGCGGAACCCGGACCUCAAGCAAGCGUUACAGAGACAGCUGGUGGAUUAUCAGGCAAAAGGAUAUGCGCAUCGUGCCACUGCGGAAGAGCUAGCAAGCGCGGACAUUCGACGCGUGUGGUACUUGCCGCUGGGAGCAGUAGUGAACCCUCGGAAGCCAGGCAAGAUUCGCAUGAUCUGGGAUGCUAGGGCGGCCGUGAACGGAAUCUCACUCAACUCAGUAUUACUGAAAGGUCCCGACCAACUUACGUCCCUUCCUGGCGUUCUAGCACGGUUUCGCCAGUUCCAGGUGGGCGUCUGCUCUGAUAUAAAGGAGAUGUUCCACCAAAUCUUCAUACGCAAAGAAGAUCGCCACUCACAGAGGUUCCUUUGGCGCAACGAUCCGUCCGCAACACCUGAAGUGUACUUGAUGGAUGUUGCUACGUUCGGCUCGACAUGCUCCCCGGCAUCAGCCCAAUACAUUAAAAACAAGAAUGCCAAGGACUAUGCAGAGACGUACCCCCGAGCAGUCGAAGGCAUUGUGGAUAAUCACUAUGUGGACGACUCUCUUGAAAGUUAUGAAUCCACAGAGGAGGCAAUCAAAGUGUCCCACGAAAUGCGUUUCAUCCACAAGCAAGGUGGUUUCGAGUUGAGGAACUGGCUAUCCAAUAGUAGCGAAGUUCUGACCGCCCUAGGCGAAGUUAAACCCGGAGAGGACAAGAGUUUCGCUACAGACAAGCAAAGUGACGUCGAUCGGGUACUCGGGCUCUUGUGGUUGACACAGGAAGACUCCUUCAGUUUCUCGACCGAGAUGAAGGAAGAAAUCACUGAGCUGCUGCAGAACGACAAACAUCCUACAAAAAGACAGAUGCUAAAGUGUCUGAUGUCACUCUUCGAUCCCUUGGGUCUGCUGAGCCUCUUCGUGGUGCACGGUAAAAUUCUUUUGCAAGAAGUCUGGAGAGAAGGGAUACAGUGGGACGAAAAGGUAAACGACGAUCUGCAACAAAGAUGGAAAAGUUGGACCCACCUAUUCAAAGAUGUUCGAAGUCUGAAAAUUCCUCGCUGCUAUUUCACUGGUGCAACCAAGGAGCGAUAUCGGGAUCUUCAGCUGCACGUAUUUGUGGAUGCCAGUGAGUGUGCGUACAGUGCGGUUGCUUAUUUUCGAACGUCGAACCCUGAUGGAGCACCAGAAUGUGUGCUGGUUGCAGCGAAAACGAAGGUGGCUCCCUUGAGGACCCAGUCCAUUCCUCGAUUGGAGCUUCAGGCCGCAGUUCUUGGCGCUAGACUGUCACAGUUCGUGGAAGAAAACCAUACUCUACAAAUCUCCAGGAAAGUCUUUUGGAGUGACUCAGCAACCGUUCUCUCUUGGCUGCGAGCUGACCAUCGACGAUAUAAACAAUUCGUUGCGUGCAGGAUUGGAGAAUUGCUGACCAUCACCGAUGUCGGAAACUGGCGGUGGGUUCCAACUAAACAGAAUCCAGCGGACCUCGCAACGAAGUGGGGAAACGGGCCGAAUCUAACGGCCAGCAGCGCUUGGUUUAAAGGUCCCAAAUUUCUUCAAUUAUCGGAAGCCGAUUGGCCAGUGCAGAAAACGUCGAAGCCAUCUACGGAAGAAGAGCUACGCCCUUGCUUUGCACACAAGGCUACGAGUAUUCCUGCACGUCUGGUAGAACUUGACCGCUUCUCUCAGCUUAUCCGAGCUACUCGGGCUGUUGCCUACGUUUUACGUUUCGUUGGGAACCUCAAGCACAAGCGGAAAGUAACACAACAAGAGGGAUUCGUUGGCCCAUUAUCUUCGGAAGAACUGGUACGAGCAGAAUGUCUGCUUAUCCGCGAGACACAGUGGCAGUCUUUUCCGGACGAGAUGGUGGUCCUUGAACGCAACCGUUCGAAGCCGAACUCCGAGCAAGAAUUUCUGGGAAAAGGUAGUGUUCUCUACCAACUAUGUCCAAUUUUGGAUGAGCAUGGCAUUCUUCGUGUUGAUGGCAGAAUCGGAGCGGCUCCAAACGUCAAUGCGCAAACAAAAUUUCCUGUGAUUCUCCCGCGGAAGCACAAGUUCACCGAACUACUAUUGGACAACUACCAUCGUAGAUAUCUGCACAGUAACGCGGAGACCGUCGUGAAUGAGGUCCGCCAGGCUUACUACAUUCCGAGACUCAGAUUGGCGGUUAAAGGAGCAGGAAAAGCUUGUCAAUGGUGUCGGGUCUACAAAAGUGCACCGGAGAUUCCCCGUAUGGCGCCGCUACCAUUAGCAAGAAUGGCAUCCUUUGUGAGACCUUUUACCUACACCGGCCUGGAUUUCUUUGGGCCGUUAACGGUGAAGAUCGGGAGAAGCAACGCAAAACGCUGGAUAGCCGUGUUUACGUGUUUGACCAUCCGUGCAGUACACGUCGAAGUGGCCCACAAUCUAACCACGGAUUCGUGUAUCAAAUGCAUUCGGCGAUUCAUUUGCCGCAGAGGAGCACCAGCCGAGAUAUAUUCGGACAACGGGACCAACUUUCUAGGCGCCGCAAGACUUCUGAAGGAUCAGAUUGAGCAGUUGGCCGUAACGUUCACGGGCACCGCUACCAAGUGGGUGUUCAAUCCGCCUGGAACUCCGCACAUGGGUGGAGCAUGGGAGCGGAUGGUCCGCUCCAUCAAAACAGCCGUUGAAACGGCAUACAACAACAACCGCAAGCUGAAUGACGAGGCGUUGGAAACGUUUAUGGUGGAAGCCGAAGCUAUUGUGAACAGCCGUCCUCUUACAUAUCUGCCGCUAACGUCGGAGGAAAGUGAAGCUCUCACUCCAAAUCAUUUUUUGCUGGGCAAUUCGAGCGGCGUCAAACAACCUGCUGUCGAAGCAACGGAUCCAGCAGAUGCUCUCCGCUCAUCAUGGCAUCAAGUCCAGCACCAGCUCGACAUGUUUUGGAGGAGAUGGCUAAAAGAGUAUUUGCCAACGCUGACGAGACGACCGAAGUGGUGUAGUGAAGCAAAGGCAGUGGUUGAAGGACAACUGGUCCUGGUGGUCGGUGAAGGAAAAAGAAACGAGUGGACAAGAGGCCGUAUUGUUGAAACGAUUCAAGGGGCUGAUGGGAGAGUACGGCAAGCAAUUGUCCAAACUGCGAGGGGGCUUUUACGUAGACCGGUGGCUAGGUUGGCAGUAUUAGAGGUUGAAGAGGUUGGUAAAACUGGACCUGGUGGCCAGUGUUACGGGGGAGAGGAUGUUGAUACUGGCAACACUUCUGGUCACGCUCCGAUGACGGCCGGAGCGAACCGUCAAACAUCCGUCAGGGAGACUGUGACAGAAGAAGAACAACAGUAAAUGUGUUCUGCAUCGUCAUUGUUCACUCAGAA